GGCGGUGUGUGUAAUGAAGGGGACCGGAGAGGUGCAAGACGUGGUGCAAUUCCACCAAGAGGGUCAUGGACCAGUUACAGUUACGGGGACUAUUACAGGAUUGACUGAUGGAAAACAUGGCUUCCAUAUACACGCUUAUGGUGAUAACACCAAUGGCUGUAUUAGUGCUGGCCCACACUUCAACCCAGGAAAUGAAACUCAUGGGGGCCCUGAAGAUGAAGUGAGGCACAUUGGUGAUCUUGGCAAUAUAACUUCUGCGAAUGGUGAAGCAAAAUUUGAGUUUACGGAUAGUGUGAUUUCUCUUUGUGGCGAGCACAUUAUUGGACGUACUGUUGUGGUCCACGAGAAGGAAGAUGACCUGGGCAAAGGUGGGAAUGAUGACUGGCAACGCCAGUGGCCGCUUGGCAUGUGGUGUAAUCGGACGUGCUCAGUAACAUUGCUGUAUGUGAAAGCUCUUGGUUUCGUGGCCUGA